UCCAGUUACGGUCCGGGCCACGUGGCGACCUGCUACCGUCCCAGACAAAGCCUGAAGCACGUCCUCCUCCAUCCACGAACAAAGAGACUCCGGGGAAAGAGAGACCAAAAACCUCGACUCCAUCCAUAAUUUCGCUCUCCGGCGACUUUGGUCCAUCGUGCUCGAGUCUCCCUCGCCCAUUGCCGCCGCGCUUGUCAAGGUAUUCCGAUUACGCUGCUCGCAUCGGGCGUGCCGGCGGUUGCAUGAUUUGGCCGGCGUGAAGGGAGGUAAUGGAUUUCGCCGUCUCUUUCUCUUCGUCGUGAAAGGAGGUUCGUCGCCCGAUUAAAGCUUGAUUCUCCGGUGAAAUUUAGCCUGCGUUCUCCCUGCUUCGAUUUGCUUGGUUUCCUAUAGGUUUAUUUAUUACUUCUCCCUGCUAAAAUGAUUACAUUUAUCCACUAUACAGUACCUCGAUCGAAUCAGGGCUACUUCUCCCUGCUGAAAUGAUCGCAUUGAGGCCAUCGCGCAAUCUAGAAUUCAGUCUGUAGCUGGGCUAAAUGUGCAGUAUUUAAUUUCCACUCCCUAUACCUGCAGGUUUUAAGAGGGUAUCAAGGAUCAUGCUUCUGUGCGUAUUUAGAUGACGUACCCUGUGUUGUGCGUCACUGGCUCGGUAGGAAGCCAUGAAGAUCAGCGCGCUUCUGACCUCUGCAGGCAUCAAUAUUGGACUUUGCGUGCUCUUUCUGUCGCUCUAUUCUAUCCUCAGAAAGCAGCCGGCUAAUAUCAGGGUAUACUUCGGCCGGAGGAUUGCUGAGGAGCAUAGUCUGCUCCGAGAGGCUUUUAUCUUGGAGAGGUUUGUUCCGUCUGCUGGCUGGAUCGUGAAAGCCCUGCAGUGUACCGAGGAAGAGCUCUUGGCAGCUGCUGGGUUGGAUGCUGUUGUUUUCAAUCGAAUGCUUGUAUUCAGCAUACGCAUCUUUUCCCUAGCUGCCAUUCUGUGUAUUUCUAUAAUUCUUCCACUGAAUUAUUUUGGACAAAAUAUACAUCAUCUUCAGAUUCAUUCAGAACAAUUGGAUAUCUUCACCAUUGGGAAUGUGCAAGUGCGAUCAAGAUGGCUUUGGGUCCAUUGUAUAGUCCUCUACAUAAUAUCUGGAGUAGCUUGCCUUCUCCUAUAUCUUGAGUUCAAGCACAUUGCUAAGUUAAGGCUCAUUCACCUUAAACGUGAAACACCCAGUCUAGGACAAUUCACUGUGCUUGUUCGUGGAAUACCAAAGACAACGAAAGAAUCAUGCAGUAGUGAUGUUGAUGAUUUCUUUACCAAGUAUCAUGCAUCAAGUUACCUAUUCCAUCAAGUUGUAUACAAAGCUGGAAAAGUUCAGAAGAUAAUGACUAGUGCAAAGAAAGCAUGUAGAAAGUUGGAAGAUUUCACAGUCACCAUGGUAGAUCAUAUCGUGUUGCCCAAUGACGAAGUAGUAGAGAACAGAGGGGAAGAUGACCUGAACGAUUCUAUCUCGAACACAGAUAACAACACAGAUAAUGAGGAAUGUGCAGUAGCUUUUGUAUUUUUCAAAACUCGUUACGGAGCACUUGUUGCAUCAGAUGUACUUCAGACAUCGAACCCUACGAAGUGGGUUACUGAUCUAGCUCCAGAACCAAAUGAUGUGUAUUGGUCAAAGAUUUGGCUUCCUUAUAAUCAGCUUUGGAUUCGACAAAUAGCUACUCUUCUAGGUUCUAUUGUUUUUAUGUUGUUAUUUCUGAUACCGGUGGCAUUUAUACAAGGUCUAUCUGAGCUAGAGCAGUUGCAGCAGAAGCUUCCUUUUCUUAAUGGGUUAUUAACGAAGCCAUACAUGAUCCAGCUAGUAACUGGAUACCUUCCGAGUGUCAUCCUGCAAAUAUUUCUGUACAGCGUUGCGCCAAUAAUGAUGCUAUUUUCUACAUUGGAGGGGCCUACGUCUCACAGUGAAAGGAAGAGGAGUGCUUGCUGCAAAGUGCUGUACUUUAUGAUUUGGAAUCUCUUCUUUGUUAAUCUAGUAUCUGGCACGGUCUUAAAACAACUGAAUUUUUUUUCAAGCCCGAAGGAAAUCCCUUUACAGCUAGCUAGGGUUAUACCUGGGCAGGCUACCUUCCUCAUCACCUAUGUUCUGACUUCAGGGUGGGCCAGUUUAUCAUCCGAACUUAUGCAACUCUUUGCUCUGAUAUGGAACUUCAUAAGUAAAUAUAUUCUUAGAAUUAAAGAAGAUACAGAUUUCGUGCCCUCAUUUCCCUAUCACACAGAAGUACCAAAAGUUCUGCUGUUUGGGCUAUUGGGCUUCACAUGCUCUGUACUGGCACCUUUGAUCUUACCUUUCCUGCUAGUGUACUUCUUCCUUGGUUAUGUCGUAUACCGCAAUCAGCUGCUGAAUGUAUACCGCACGAGGUAUGACACAGGUGGUUUGUACUGGCCAAUCGCUCACAACACGGUGAUAUUCUCUCUUGUGCUCACCCAGAUCAUCUGCCUCGGCGUAUUUGGCCUCAAAGUGUCACCGGUAGCUGCAGGCUUUACCAUACCCCUUAUCAUCCUUACCCUUUUAUUCAAUCAGUACUGCAGAAAACGACUCCUCCCGCUAUUCAAAACUUUUCCAGCACAGGAUCUUGUCGACAUGGACAGGGAAGAUGAACAGUCAGGAAAAAUGGAACACAUUCACCACCAACUCCAUACCGCGUAUUGCCAGUUCCCUGACACCGAAGAAAUGCAGCUGGAGAAAAUCCGGAUUGCUGGGAAUGACAAGGACGACGAAGAACGUUGUAGCUCAGGUGAGUCGAACAGCAAAGAAACCUGCGAGGAACGGCAGCCCAGAAAGGAUCUGUCUCACCCAACACUGAAGGGGCUCCCCGUUAACCGUCUGCAGAACGCCAUCAGGUCCAUCACUUUCCUUAUUAGAUUGCAGAAGAGAGGUCUAUCGUGAUGCAGCAUUGGGUAACUGACUGACUGGCUGCUAAAUCCUCCACUGUGUUGGCUCGUGUAAAUGUAAGUCGCACAUAUGAGUAUAGAGGAAUUGGAUUUAGAUAGGAAAAUAGCUAAGUAAAUACGUGUAAACUUGCAGCAAAAGUUCCGUUUUCAUGCCUGGCUCUAUCCAGGGUGUGUGCACCUUUGUUGAAUAAACUUAAUCCACAUAUUUCAAGAAGCAUAUGGCAUCAUUUUUUAAUUUGAUGGCAGCUUCUUGACAUUUA